AUGGUUGAAGAAACAAAAUCAACCUUAAAAAAGAGAGAUAUAAAAAAAGAUAAAGAAGAAGUCGAGAGUGAAGUUAUUGAGGAUAAGAAAAAGAAUGAUAAUAAUAAUAGUAUAAAUAAAAAAGAAGAAAAACAAGAAAAACAAGAAACUAAAAAAGAAGAUAAUAAAAAAAAACAACAACAACAACAACAAGUUCAACCAAAGAAUGCAUUUUGUAUUAGAUUUUUUGGAAUUAUUUUAAUAACAAUUGUAACAUUUUCAAUUUGGUCAGUUUUUAAUCAUAAUAAUAAUAGAAAUGUAGAUUCAUCAUUCUUUAUAAAAGAGAUGCCAGAACCAUUGUUAAGACAUUUUCAAUCAGGUCAAAUGAUACCAGUAUUUGAUAAAACAAAUGGUGGAACAUUCAAUUUAUUCAUAGUUCAACAAAGUGUCGAUUGGACAAGACCAGAUCCACAAUAUAAUGGCGAAGUCAAUAAAAAUGGUCAACCAAUUAUAAUUAGAGAAGAUGUUUUCUCCAAUGAAGAUUCCAAUGAAAUAAUACCACAAACUAAUAGUAUUGAUAACGAAGUUGCAUUAUUAAUUCAUGGUCAAACUACAACUAGUUUUGCAUUUAGAAAAACUUUAAAAUAUAUUCAAAAAGAAAGAAUUCAUCCAAUUGCAAUUGAUUUACCAUGUUUUGGUUUCUCUGAUGCGUUGUCAAAUUGUUCAUACUCUGAAAUCACUGAUCGUUUAGAUGACAUUUUAGAUAGUCUUCAAAUUCGUAAACCAAUUCAUUUAGUACUUUAUGAUACUUCCGCUACAAUUGGUACUUCCUUUGCUAUGAAACAUUCAAAUAGAGUUAAAUCAAUCGUUUAUAUAGAUCCUCAUAUCGAUUUAUCAAAUACUCCAUUAUAUUAUAAUAUCAUUAAAACUCCUUUCUUUGGUCAAUUAUAUCUUCAAUUUUUAACUUCACCAUAUCUUUCAACAAUUAGAUAUAAAUUAUUAGCUGAUCGUUGUAUUUUUACAAGACAAUCAGAUGUUGAUAGUUAUUUUUAUUGUUUAAGAUAUAGAAAUAAUAUUCAAAAUUUUAUAGAUACAGUUAAAUCAAUGGAUACAACAUUUAGAGAAACAUAUAGAUUAACAACAUCAUCAAUUGCAUUAAAUCGUUUAAAACCAAUUCAUUUAAUUUUAACAACAAGAUAUGUUAGUAGUUAUCAAUCACAAUUAUUCCAAAAUAAAUUCACUUCUUCAAUUUUACAUACAGAUUCAACUGAAACUUUCUCUUUAUUCUUUGAAGAUAAUCCAUCCUCAAUUUCACAUCAAUUGGCUGAUAUUAUUGAUGCAAUCGAUAAAAAUUUAAGAAUUGAAAAACCAAAACCAAAAUUACAACAACAACAACAACAACAACAACAACAAAGGCAACAAGAUUAUGAUCAUGGUCAUGGUCAUUCACAUGGUGGUGGCAAUUCACAUGGUCACUCACAUGGUAGUGGUAAUUCACAUGGUCACUCUCAUGGUGGUGGUAAUUCACAUGGCCACUCUCAUGGUGGUGGUAAUUCACAUGGUCACUCUCAUGGUGGUGGUGAUCAAUAUGGUCUUGGCCAUAAUUAUGGAAUGUAA